GUUCCCACGGCCCACGCCAAGCCAGGCUCUAAUCCCAAGGUUCGUGAUCGUCAUCAGAAUGGAUCCCACCCGUGGGAAAAAAUAGAUUUUUUGACUUUCUCCCCUGAAUCUGUCCUUUUCGCCUUCCUCUUCCUCCCUGCUCGACAUCUUCUGUUUCUUCUCUCCUUCACCACACUCCCACCCAAGCCCCUCUUUUUUUUUUUCCUGUUUUUUUUAUUAUUUGCCUCCGAGCAGAUCAAUUCUCUCAAUUCCCACUUUUCACCUUCGUUUCCUCCUGUCCUUCUUUCCUAUUGCAUAAUCUCGAUAUGCGGUUCCUCUCGUUGUCGGCGGCGCUGGUCGUCGGAUGUCUUGGAGCGCCUCUGUUCUCCCUUCCGACUUCCCCACUCAUCUCGAAGGAACAACUUACUCAGAGCGGUGAUGUGAAAAACAAAAAGCGCGCCGACCCCAUCACCGAGGACGGCAACGUCGAUCCCGUCAAUGACGGCGAGGUGAACAACAACAUCUCGCUGCUGCGGUUCUGCUAGAUCGAAACGCCAUCGAUCGCGAGUUGCGGCGAAGUGACAGGUGGAUGAGGAGCAAGCAGGUUUGAUGCCAGCCAGGCUCCAGUCUGAGCUUAAGUUAUGCCUGCAUUGGCGUUGUUCGGAGAGGGUUGUCCCCGAGGACCAUGCGGGGGUUAUACAGACCGUGAGAAAUUG